AUGGUCACAGAACUGUUACUGGCUCUUUUGUCUGUGGUUCUGCUAUGUCUGAAGCUCUUGCAGAAACCUCGUGGGUUGCCCCCGGGCCACGGAGACAUCUACGUGUGGCGCAUAGGGACGCAGACUCUGGUGUUCCUGCAUGACUACCACAUGGCCAAAGAAGCCUUCACUCGCCCAGAGUUCCUUAACCGGCCUGACUGGAGCAUCUUUAAGCUUAUGGUGUCGGAUAGUAAUGCAGGCGUCGUGGGCAGCAACGGACCCACAUGGCACGCUAACCGACGCUUUACCCUGAGGCAACUGCGUGACCUGGGUAUGGGCAAGUCACGCAUGGCAUCCGUGGUGCAGCGGGAGGCACAGUGCCUGGUGCAGGAGCUGGGCAAGCAGGCGGGCAGAGCAGCGCCAGUGCCACACGCGCUCACCAUCUGUAUCUUGAAUGUCUUAUGGCAGCUGGUGGCGAGCAAAAGGUUCAACGUGGACGACCCCGUUAUCAUGGACCUCGAAACGCUCAUUGAUGACACCCUGGCGAACAUGGCACGUCUCACAGUGCCAGAUUUCCUGCCGUGGCUCUCCUGUGCCUUCCCUCUGGCACUGCAGAAGCGUCUCUUCGCCCUCGAUAUCUUGGAUGUUAUGAAGGAAAAGUUCUCUAGGUUCUGUCAGGACCUCAUUGCAGAGCACAAGGAGACACUGGACCCAAGCAACCCCAGAGACCUGAUUGAUGCUUAUAUUAUAGAUCUGCAGGAGAGAGGACGUGGCGAAGAGGCCGAUAGCAGUGAGUCCAAGGAUCUGUCCAAACUUAUCUUCGACAUGUUUACGGCUGGAAGUGAGACCACAACAAACACUCUCACGUGGAUGCUGUAUUACUUAGCUGCCUUCCCGGAUGUGCAGAGGAAGAUGCAACAAGAAGUAGACAGGGUUUUGCCGAAGGAUGCUCUGCCCACUCUCGACGAUAGGCCUAGGUAAGGAGAGGCCUAUGUAUGUUGGUGUUUCGUGGUUCUGUUUGUAGAAUUAUUUUGAAUUUCUAUGAGAGGCA